AUGGAAUUACGUGUUGGUCAUAAAUAUCGACUUGGACGAAAAAUUGGUUCAGGAUCAUUUGGUGAUAUUUAUCUUGGAACAAAUAUUGCAUCAAAUGAAGAAGUGGCUAUUAAACUGGAAUGCGUCCGAACAAAGCAUCCUCAAUUACAUAUCGAAUCGAAAAUUUAUCGUAUGAUGCAAGGUGGAGUUGGUAUACCAUUAAUAAAAUGGUGCGGUGCUGAAGGAGAUUAUAAUGUUCUUGUUAUGGAUUUACUUGGACCAUCAUUAGAAGAUUUAUUUAAUUUUUGUUCAAGAAAAUUUUCGCUCAAAACUGUUCUUUUGCUUGCUGAUCAAAUGGUUAGCCGGAUUGAUUUUAUCCAUUCAAAAAAUUUCAUCCAUCGAGAUAUUAAACCUGACAAUUUUUUAAUGGGCCUUGGUCGAAAGGGCAAUCUUGUGUACAUUAUUGAUUUUGGUCUAGCAAAAAAAUAUCGAGAUGCACGCACACAUCAACAUAUACCUUAUCGGGAAAAUAAAAAUUUAACCGGAACAGCACGUUAUGCUUCAAUCAACACACAUCUCGGCAUUGAACAAAGUCGGCGAGAUGAUAUGGAAUCACUUGGUUACGUACUGAUGUAUUUUAAUCGUGGUAGUCUUCCGUGGCAAGGUUUAAAAGCUGCAACUAAACGACAAAAAUAUGAACGUAUCAGUGAAAAGAAAAUGUCAACACCCAUUGAAGAAUUAUGUAAAGGAUUUCCUGCUGAAUUUACCACUUAUCUUUCUUACUGUCGAUCCUUACGUUUUGAUGAUAAACCUGAUUAUUCAUAUCUACGACAAUUAUUUCGUAACCUAUUUCAUCGACAAGGUUUCACUUAUGAUUAUAUAUUUGAUUGGAAUAUGCUUAAAUUUAGUGGACAACGUUUCGAUACGAACAGUGCUAAUGAAGGUUCAGCAAAUAAAAUUGAAACAAAUGGUUUUACACCAGGACAACAACCAGCUGGACAACAAAUCUAUAAUAAUAACAAUCAAGAAAGUCUUGAUAUAAAUGGUCGACCCACAUUCGGUCCAUCGUUAAGUAUAAUCGAUGAUAAUGGUUAUGUGACUAACAAAAAACUUGAAAAUGAAGAAAAUGGUCAUUUAACUAACAAUAAAAGUGAAGAUGAUAAUGAUGAUGAUAAUAUUGACAAUGAAAAAAAAGUUUAUAGAUCAUCAUCAUAUGCUAAUGAUGGUCGAAAACUUUAUAAAUCAUCAUCAUCACAUCAUAAUCAUGGUUCAAAACUUUACAAAUCACCAUCACAUCACAAUGAUCGACGUAAACUUCAUAAAUCAUCAUCACAUAUCAAUGAAAAUAGUAAAAGUUCAAGUUUGGCUUUUGAUCAAUUCCAUAAAACACCGUCAAGUUCAAAUGUGUUUAGCCGUCUUAUGCAUAGUGUAUAUCGACGAACUCCUAAAGAUCCUCAUCAAGUGCAACCAUCACAAUCAGCAUCAAACAAUUCCAAACAGCAAUUACCACCUAAUGGUACAGAUCGAUCAUCUUCAGCACGAGCCACUAGAAAAUAA